AUGUCUUCCAAAGUGUACUCCGUCGCGAGGGUGUACGCGGACGCCAACGAAAUCCGUCCGAGAGAGUACUGGGACUACGAAAACUACAAAAUAGAGUGGGGCAACAUUGCCAACUACGAGAUCAUCUCCAAGAUCGGCAGAGGAAAGUACUCGGAGGUGUUCACGGGCGUGAACGUGCUGAACAACGAGCCCUGUGUGAUCAAGGUGCUCAAGCCGGUCAAGCUGAAGAAGAUCCACCGUGAAAUCAAGAUCCUCAAGAACCUGACCGGAGGCCCCAACAUCAUCAAGCUGUACGACCUCAUUCAGGACCACAACUCGAAGAUCCCGGCGCUCAUCUUCGAGAAGAUCAACAACGUCGACUUCCGCGUGCUGUACCCGAAAUUCACGCUCGACGACAUCCGCUACUACUUCACGCAGCUGCUGCGUGCCCUGGACUACUCGCACUCGAUGGGCAUCAUCCACAGAGACGUCAAGCCCCAGAACAUCAUGAUCGACCCUCUGACAAAGACGCUGAAGCUGAUCGACUGGGGGCUGGCCGAGUUCUACCACCGGGGAAUGGACUUCAACGUGCGGGUCGCCUCCAGAUACCACAAGGGUCCGGAGCUGCUCAUCAACCUGCAACAGUACGACUACUCGCUGGACCUGUGGUCUGUGGGGGCCAUGAUUGCGGCCAUAGUGUUCAAAAAGGAGCCGUUUUUCAAAGGCGAUUCCAACACCGACCAGCUGGUGAAAAUCGCCAAGGUGCUGGGCACAGACGACCUACACAAAUACUGCAGUCGGUACGGCAUCAAGCUGAGCAGCGACUACGACGACAUCCUCAUGACGUAUCCGAGAAAGCCAUGGAGACACUUUAUUAAUGAGAACAACAGGCACCUGAGCGAGAACCCUGCCGUGAUCGAUCUCAUCGACCAUCUCGUCAGAUACGACCACCAGGAGAGGCUCACCGCGAAGGAGGCCAUGGCGCAUCCGUUUUUCCGCGGCUCAUGA